AUGUCUUUUGCAGGUACGUUGAUCAUAUCGGCUAUUAGUGGCGCGAUUUACAAAUAUGGUGGCCAAGAGUUCCAGCCAAUCGAAGAAGUUCCAAUGGGGUUCAGGGAAUUAACAGUUGGUUUUGUUCAAGAUAGAAUUCUGCUUUUAACUAGUAGAGCAACUAACAUUGCAACAAACGCUACGCCAGACUUUUUCCGUGGCCAAGUAUACAGGUACCCCAUUCGAGCAUUUAUUCGGAGUUUUACAACACGGCGAUACCUUUUUAUGAACUUUACUACCUUUUUAUUCUAUAUUGUAUCGUAUCUUCUCAUCACAGUUGUUUACUUCCUGACCAUUUUCCCAAUUUACUUAGGACUAUCGGUUAUUUUAGGUCCUGCUGGUAUUGCUAUUGCUUGGGUGCAUAUGCUUUUGCACACUAAUAACUUGACGAUGAUGGUGUUAAGAAUGACACAAGUGUCAAGAUACUCGUUGAGAAAUGCCCUUAAGAUCAACGGUAAUAUAGAAGUGCUAGAAGACCCACCCGUUCCUGUUAAGUUGUUCUAUCCAGUUGACACUCCAUACUUUUGGAUGAAUCACUUCCCAUGGAAAACCGUUGAAUACACAGCCGGUGCUACAGUCAUGGGUAUACUUUUAUUGAUAUCUGCAAUUCCUGUUAUAGGGCCUGUGCUCUUUAACAUUCUCAUUGCCCCAUUUGUUACCAGAAUAUACUUGGCAAAAUACUUGCGUCUAAAGGGAUUUAACAAUUUGCAACGUGAAGAAAGGUUCUACGAUAAUUUCGGCCAAUACCUAGCCUUUGGAUUGGUUGCUAGUUGUUUGGAAAUUGUACCGAUUUUAGCUGGUGUCACAUUUGCAACAAAUAACGUCGCAAUUGCUCUAUGGGAUCCAGAAAAGGAACCUUCAUUCUUGGAAGAGAAUGAAGAAGAUGAAGAGGAGGACAUGAGCAUUGAAGAAGACGAGGAUGACGAUGAAUUAGAAGAAGAGGACGACGACGAAAUGGAUGAUGAGGAUAUGGAAGAUGAUGAUGACAAUGAUAUCGAGAGUGACCUCAUGAAGCAUGAAUAUCCUAUGGAUGAUAGACCAUAG